UUUGCGUCGUGCAUUGUGAUGAACUUGUGCCAGACUGAAAUAACAAACCUUUCUGUCAUCUUACUGGGUGGCAAAACUCUCUUGAGUUUGCGCGGGUGAGAAACGGAGAUCGAAGGAGACAGUCCAAACUUUCAGGUAGUCUACAAGGUCUGGUCUGUACAAGGAGCCAGGCCUACAAUACUUAGACUUACCAUCUGUAUCUAGUGAAGGAUGACCGCCCUGAGCAGCUGGGAGCUGUGCGUCAAAUAUGCGCUCUUCAUGUUCAACUUUAUCCUUUGGUUGGCGGGGACAGGAGUCCUAGCGUUGGGGCUAUGGCUGCGCUUUGACACCAGGACAUCAGGACUUUUUGAAGGAGAGGACUCUCCCUCAGUCUUUUUGACUGGUGUGUACAUCUUGAUUGCAGCUGGGGCACUUAUGAUGGUGGUUGGCUUCCUGGGAUGUUGUGGAGCCAUCAAAGAAUCCCCAUGCAUGCUUGGAUUGUUCUUCCUCUUUCUCCUACUCAUCUUUGCCAUUGAAGUGGCAGCUGGAAUCUGGGGCUUAUCUAAUAAGGACAGGGUGAUCGAGGAUGUAACAGAAUUUUAUAAGCAAACUUAUACCAAUUAUAAGGACACAAAGCAGGAUGCCCUGAAGGAAACACUCCGCUUGAUUCAUUUUGGAUUGAACUGCUGUGGCCCCACUGGGACUGUGAUUGAUGCUGCAAGAGACAUUUGCCCCAAGCAGGAGGGAUUGGAAGUUCUCAUCACAACGAGCUGCCCAGCUGCUAUUGAUGAGAUGUUCAACAGUAAACUUCACAUCAUUGGCGGGGUUGGCAUUGGUAUUGGAAUAAUUAUGAUUUUUGGCAUGAUCUUCAGCAUGAUGCUCUGCUGUGCCAUUAAGAAGUCCAGAGACUUUGUCUAAAUAACAUUUUGCAUUCGUCCCACCUCAACACAUUGACCUGCCCUGCUAUAAGUUAUGCUUCGCUUGGAUCUGUGCAUGAUGGCACGGUCACCUUUGACCUCUGAGAAUAUGAAGCAUUUAAAGUAAUCCAGUCCCUGUAGUUUUCUGUUCAUGGAAAUGAUAAAUGUGUAAACUACAAUCAUGUAACCCCUGGAAAAUGCUGACUCUCACAUGGAUUAUGCUUUAUUAAUUUUACAUGUGUUAGACCAUUGAAUGUUUUAUUCUUUUUAUUUUUUACUGACUCAAGGGAAUUUUGUUUUUAUAGUUUUAUUAACAAAAAUAAUUUGCCAAUUGCAUUUAUAAGUACCAGUUAACAGUAAUAAAGUAUGUGUUUGAUCUAUGCAA